UCCCGCGAAGCGCCAACCCCGCGCUUGGGGCUUGUCCUCGAGCCGAGCCCCGUGCCCGCGAGCCUCCCGGACCCCUUUGUGCGACCGGAGGCGGCGGCGGGAACGGCCAUGGCGGCCAACGUGUACCGGGUGGGGGAUUACGUCUAUUUUGAGAACUCCUCCAGCAAUCCUUACCUGGUUAGACGGAUUGAGGAGCUCAACAAGACUGCAAAUGGAAAUGUGGAGGCAAAAGUUGUCUGUCUUUUCCGGCGAAGGGACAUUUCUAGUAGCCUCAACAGCCUGGCUGAUAGUAAUGCCAGGGAGUUUGAGGAAGAAUCAAAGCAGCCAGGAGUAUCAGAGCAGCAGCGACAUCAACUGAAGCACCGGGAGCUUUUUCUUUCUCGGCAAUUUGAAUCUUUACCAGCUACCCACAUACGGGGGAAAUGUAGCGUGACCCUCUUGAAUGAGACAGAUAUCCUGAGCCAGUACCUGGAAAAGGAGGACUGCUUUUUUUACUCACUGGUGUUUGACCCUGUGCAGAAGACACUUCUGGCUGAUCAGGGAGAGAUCAGAGUUGGUUGCAAAUAUCAAGCUGAGAUUCCAGAUCGCCUGGCAGAGGGAGAAUCUGAUAAUCGGAAUCAACAGAAGAUGGAGAUGAAGGUCUGGGACCCAGACAACCCUCUCACAGACCGGCAGAUUGAUCAGUUUCUCGUGGUGGCCCGAGCUGUGGGGACCUUUGCAAGAGCCCUAGAUUGCAGCAGCUCCAUUCGGCAGCCAAGCCUGCACAUGAGUGCAGCUGCCGCCUCCCGAGACAUCACCCUGUUCCACGCAAUGGACACGUUGCAAAGGAAUGGCUAUGACCUGGCUAAGGCCAUGUCGACACUGGUGCCCCAGGGGGGCCCAGUGCUGUGUCGGGAUGAGAUGGAGGAAUGGUCUGCCUCGGAGGCCAUGCUAUUUGAGGAGGCCCUAGAGAAGUAUGGGAAAGAUUUCAAUGAUAUUCGUCAGGAUUUUCUACCCUGGAAGUCACUUGCCAGCAUAGUCCAGUUUUACUACAUGUGGAAAACCACAGAUCGAUAUAUUCAGCAGAAGAGAUUGAAAGCUGCUGAAGCAGACAGCAAACUGAAACAGGUCUACAUCCCCACCUACACUAAGCCAAACCCUAACCAGAUCAUUUCUGUGGGUUCAAAACCUGGCAUGAAUGGGGCUGGAUUUCAAAAGGGCCUGACUUGCGAGAGCUGCCACACCACACAGUCUGCCCAGUGGUAUGCCUGGGGCCCACCCAACAUGCAGUGCCGCCUGUGUGCUUCCUGUUGGAUCUACUGGAAGAAGUAUGGGGGACUGAAGACCCCAACCCAACUUGAGGGGGCUUCUCGGGGCACCACAGAGCCACACUCGAGGGGUCAUUUGUCCAGACCUGAAGCCCAAAGUCUCUCCCCCUAUACGACCAGCGCCAACCGGGCCAAGCUGCUGGCUAAGAACAGGCAGACUUUCCUGCUCCAGACCACAAAGCUGACCCGUCUUGCCAGGCGCAUGUGCAGGGACCUGUUACAACCGAGGAGGGCUGCCCGACGACCCUAUGCCCCUAUUAAUGCCAAUGCCAUCAAGGCAGAGUGCUCCAUUCGACUUCCUAAGGCUGCCAAGACUCCAUUGAAGAUUCACCCUCUGGUGCGGCUACCCCUGGCAACUAUCGUCAAAGAUCUGGUGGCCCAGGCACCCCUGAAACCAAAAGCACCUCGGGGCACCAAGACACCAAUCAACAGAAAUCAACUGACCCAGAACCGGGGACUGGGAGGCAUUAUGGUGAAACGGGCUUAUGAGACUAUGGCAGGGGUAGGGGUCCCCUUCUCUGCCAAUGGAAGGGCUCUGGCCUCAGGGAUUCGCUCAAGCUCACAGCCAGCAGCCAAGCGUCAGAAACUAAACCCAGCUGAUGCCCCUAAUCCUGUGGUGUUUGUGGCCACAAAAGAUACCAGGGCCCUACGGAAGGCUCUGACCCACCUGGAAAUGCGGCGAGCUGCCCGCCGGCCCAAUUUGCCCCUGAAGGUGAAGCCAGCAUUGAUUGCAGUGCGGCCCCCAGUCUCUCUACCUGCACCCUCACAUCCUGCCAGCACCAAUGAGCCCAUUGUCCUGGAGGACUGAGCAUCUGCGGGGAAGGGAUGGAUCUUUUAGUAUGGAAGGGAGUGAGGAGUGAAUGAGGGAGGGAGCAGGUGCAUGUGUGUCCCUGGAGGGGUUGGGCGCCCUCUGGUGUUACCGCCUCUGACACUUGUCUCCUUCCCAUGCUUCUCCAUUCUUGGUGAUGGAGGGCGGACUGCAGGAACUUAGCCCAUGUGGGAACCUAGCCUGUUUUGGGGGGUAGGACCCACAGUUGUCUUGGGCAGUUUGGGGGGAGGGUUUUUUAAUUUUUUAAAAAUUUUGCCUCCCUUUGUGAAAGGGGAUGGGGAGGGGAAGAGUAAACAGAUCUAUCAGGUGAUGGUACCUGGUUGGGGGAGGGGGGCGUGCACUGCCAUGUCUAUCUUUUUUUUUUUUUUCCUAAUUGGGGGUUUUUCUUCCUGUCCGGCGUCCGGACUUUCCUAAUUGAAGUUUGAGGCCCCUAAGCUGGCAUCUACCCCAGCCCAUGCUCGCUCUUUCCUUCCCUCCCCUUCCCCCCUCUGCCUUUUGUACGCCAGUUCUCAGAAAUAAAGAUCUUUUGUCCAUUUUUUUAACCUUGGAUUCUGUAAUUGGUUCUUAUAGUAACAAAUAAAAAGCUGUUUUCUUCA